AGGGAAACGUACACAGAAGCAGUGAAACUGCGUUUUACCAUAAACUACGUUCAAUCAGGCAAAAGCACUAAGGCGAAGACAGACGGCGCCUGCUGGCGUUAAGGUCGUUCGUUGUCCUCCAGUGCAAUCUGCGUCAUCGGUGAAAUCAAAUUCGAAACUGUUUGGGCCUAUUACAAUAGUUGUGAUUUCUCGGAGCCGUGUGAAAGGAUUUAUCUUCCACUGGCUUGGAGUGAGUUCCGUUUGAAGAAGAUAAGAAAAGGCAAGAUCAGAAAGUGUAACAGUGUUGGGAAAGUUAAAGCGACUAAUACGCCAAUCAAUCAAUUGUGAUAAAUCAGCUGUAUCAGUAACAACAACAACGAUAGUAGCUUUCAGCAAGCGGUUAAUAGACAUCCGUGCCGAUGUUGAAAAUGCCUCUGUUCGGAAAGUCCCAGAAAAGCCCGCAGGAGCUGGUGAAGGCUUUGAAGGAGGCGGUUAACUCGCUGGAACGGGGCGACAAAAAGGCGGAAAAGGCACAGGAAGACGUUAGCAAAAAUCUGGUUCUUAUAAAAAAUAUGCUAUACGGAACAUCAGAUGCAGAGCCGCAGACAGAGAUUGUCGUGUCACAGCUAGCACAGGAAUUGUACAACAGUAAUUUACUCCUGCUACUGAUACAAAAUCUAAGUCGCAUCGAUUUCGAAGGCAAGAAAGACGUUGCACAAGUGUUCAACAAUGUGCUUAGGCGACAGAUCGGUACUCGGUCACCGACGGUGGAGUAUAUCUGCACAAAACCGGAGAUAUUGUUCACACUUAUGGCCGGGUAUGAACACCAGGAAAUCGCCCUGAACUGUGGUACGAUGCUGCGGGAGUGCGCACGCUACGAAGCGCUUGCCAAAAUUAUGCUUCAUUCGGACGAGUUUUUCAACUUCUUCCGAUACGUCGAAGUGUCCACCUUCGACAUCGCCUCGGAUGCCUUCUCCACCUUCAAAGAGCUGCUCACGCGCCAUAAAAUUCUGUGUGCUGAGUUUCUGGAACAGAACUAUGACAAAGUGUUUAGCCACUACCAGCAUCUGCUAAACUCGGAAAACUACGUAACACGGAGGCAGAGCCUGAAACUUCUGGGGGAGCUACUGUUGGAUCGGCAUAAUUUUACGGUUAUGACGAAGUACAUCUCCAACCCGGACAAUUUGAAGUUGAUGAUGAACAUGCUGAAAGAGAAAUCACGGAAUAUCCAAUUCGAGGCGUUCCAUGUAUUCAAGGUAUUUGUGGCGAACCCGAACAAACCGAAACCGAUUCUCGACAUACUACUGCGAAACCAGGAAAAGUUGGUGGACUUUCUGACGAAAUUCCACACGGACCGAUCCGAGGAUGAGCAGUUCAACGACGAAAAAGCAUAUCUGAUCAAGCAGAUAAAGGAGCUGAAACCGGCUCCCGAUCAAUAGUAAUACGGGAUGCAGGAAUAGAGCAAAUUUCGCGCACGCAAAGUCCUUCCGUUUCUCUCCUCUAUCCCCAAAUUUCCGCUGUGUCCCCACGCAUCCCGUUUGAACUAGCUUUCUUCCAGGCACUAGUAUUUUGUAACAAAAGGCAAGACACACAGACAUAUUACUAUAAAUACAAUAAAUUUAGACUAACCAGUAUAAAGUUAAUUACGAUAGUGAUUAUAAAUAAAAAAAAAUUGAGAAACACUCACAUAAAUCAUAAUAUGAAAAGAAAAACUGAAAACGUCGAAAGAAGUUAAAUACUAGUUGAUAGGAAGCAACAAAACAGAAAACCUUAUGUAAUCUUAGACCAUCUGAAACUGGAAGUAAAACUCACUCUAGAGAGUGAUAUAUUUAUUAAGAUAGAAGGAAAAACGAUUUUCGGCUGCUACGAAACGAUAAUACAUACAGAUGUUGUACUAUAAAGAGCUGCAGUUUGUUUUCUUGCGAGUGUAGUCUAGGACCAGCGAACCAGCUGUUGAAUUGUAACCCGUACGGAUUCUUAUAGAAUGAAAAACACAAAACGAUUCAAAUCUAAUAACCCAUCCACUUCAUGUGUACUUGUUCGUUUGAAUACUUUACGAGCGCUUUGUUUUCUCGAUCCGAGAGUGAACUGGUAGACAUUUACUAUUUAGAACUGUACUAGGUUUAGCGUAACUCAUAAAUGUUUCCUGUAUUUUUUUUUCCUAUUUGGAUUGGGUGUAAAUUUGGACAAACGGGAAUAGUUCAAAUGUUUUUUUAUUUUGUUAAAGUUAACUAAUCGUGUUAGCACUUGGUUGGAACACCUUCUUACCUCAUUAGUGUCCAAAAUAAAACCUAGCCAGCAAAUUGUACUACAUUCUCCCUUAAAGUAGAAACAUCCAUCACAAACUGUAAGCAAUUAGAUUUUAGGAAAUUAAUAAGCAAAAUACCUUGUGGAUACGCUUCUAUGCUAUAAAAACGAUAGCCACACGUUACUGAACAUGUUAAACAAUAGGUUGUGGAGGCGCGCGAUCGGGCAGUCGGGCUCUAGAAAAACAAACUCGUGUUUCGUUUCAAAAUUUGCAGCAAAAAUAGAUAUGUUCUCUAGAGCAUCGGUUACUACGGAUUAAUUAUGAACUGUUCCUAAGCAAAUAUAAAAAAUCAAAGGUGGUGUUAGCAGUUAAUUAGAUCCGUCUAAUUGCAAUACAGCGUGAAUCAUUUAUACGUAUUCUAUCAUAAAAAUUGCAUCUUAUCUUUCGAUGAGCAGCAGCAGCGAUGUUUUCUUCCGAACGAGUCAGUUUUUUUUUGGACUAGAAAAGCGGUUGAAUAUUUAUAACUUUUAUGCAGGAACAAAAACUGAUACAGUAGCUAUAAAAGCAGUGAUUUAAGUUGCAAUAGACAUACCGAGUAGGAAGGAGAAGAACCAUACAACCGGUAGGGCAAGUUUAGCAGAUAUGUGUUGUUUUUCUUGUAUCCAUCAAAGUAGAAAAUCAAAUCGAAUGUAAGAGGGGAUUUAAACCGAAAUUGUUUUCGAAGCUGAAAUAAAAAAAAAGCACGUGGAAGAAUAAAGACAACCAGGUCUGGAA